AUGUCUUUCUAUCUCGCUCUCAUAAAGGCCAACCUUCGCCCGCGCUCUUGGUGCUGCUCAGAUCCAACGAAGCGCCACACUCACAGCCUCCUCUCGCCUCCCAUCUGCAGGCCUGUCAGCGACAACUACCUUCACGGGGCCACGGUUCCCAAGCCCAAGUGCACACCAAAGACCCUGUCCGUGAGCGACAACUACCUUUACGCGGGUACGGUUCCCAAGCCCAAGUGCACAUCAAAGACCCUCACACUCUCUCUUGGGAGCAACUGCUUCCCCGCCAAGGCCAUCCCCUGCGGCCAACCGCAGCGGCCCGCCCAGCAGUGCAGUGCAUUCUGCAGCCUCUCCCCGCCAUCUACGUUGUCCUGUGGUGGCCAAGGCUAUUGCUUCUGGAAGGGAGAGCAGAACACAGGCACGGCCACGUGCGUGUGCAACGAGGGGUUUGGAAACGGGGUGGAUCCCGGCACGUGCCUGCAGUCGCUGCCAGAGCUGGAAUGUGGGUUGGGCUGGGUUCCCCUUCUGGACGCUCUUUCAUCAUUUCUGUGA